AUGUGUCAACAGCAAUUGUUCUUCCUCCAGCAACAACAAGCCCGACAAGAGCAACAGCAGCAAGAGGGGAUGAUGUGUCAAUACCAGCUCUUCCAUAUGCAGCAGCAGCAGAAUCAGAGCUUGUUCGCCCCUUCUCAGCCGGUGACAGCUCGACCCACCGGCUUUGGGUCAAAUGACCCAUUCGCGCCUUCCACGGCUCCAUCCGGAUUCAAUCCCUCCCCCAGACCUACCCAGCAAGAAGGCCCAACCUCCCAGAAACGUACGAGACCCACUCUCCCUCACGCGUGUCCUCCUUGUCUUCCUCCCCUCCGCCCACGCAAAAUCAAAUCCAGAACCGGCCGAUCUAGGUUGAGACGAAGAAAGGGCUGGGCGAGAACGAGGCACAUUUAUUUGGCUGCGUUAUUCGCCAAUCGGGAUGAUGGACAUGAUACGUUUGGGAAUAUGGGUGCUUUGAGGUACGGAUACACUGAUCCUGGGAGGCAGAUUGUGGCGCAGAGGACGACAUAA